UGCUGUCGCUGUUGGGAAUUUGUAUUAUCUUCAUGCAAGGUUUGUGAUACAUCAUCCAAGAUUGGAAACAAAACUAGUUGUGCGUGCUCACCCCGUAAGGGGAAGAGGGCUAAGGGUCGGAAAGCACUCUCCAAGGAGUCCUUAUCUAUUGUCCGAGAUAGUCUCAGAAGAUCUAAGCAUUUUAUCAGGCUGCUUGCUGAGGUCUAUAAUCUAGCCGUUGAUGAUGAUAGUCAAAGAUGGGAGAGAUUGACGGAAGGACUAAUACCGGUUGUCGUCAACUGUGUUCAAGAAUCUCCCAAGCACAUCUUUCAUAUCGUUGGUACCAGUUACCCUAUGGGCAGGGUCCUGGAUCUCCAGAUAUCAGUACCAGGUACUAAACUGUUAAAGUCUGGUGAUUGCUUUGUUCAGUGGAGAGACACAGUACAGGGUGGAGUAUGGGGUCUGAAUUUUGUAUCUGAAGCAGAUGCCUACUGUUUUGUUAAAGCAUGCACACCAUCAAACAGGCCACCACUACAUCAUACAAAUUCCUCAGUGUCGCUUCCUUUGGAGCCACCACCAGGAGUACAACUGCCGCCGUCUCCAGAAGACAGUGGUGGAUAUAUAACCGACAUUGAUCAGUUAAUUGCAGAAGAUAAUGAUGUAUUCACAAGCACACCUAAGGAGAAUUCUUGCACGGCCAGAGUUUAUCAUUCGAAAAUGAAGCUUUGGAAAAGGAUUCCCUCUUGCAGGCAAAUUGUAAAGAACAUGUGA